AUGUCAUUUGUCGGAAGAAAACAAAAGAACCCAGAAGCCAACGGCCCCGAAACAACCGUGUCCUUACAAGAGGACCCGCGGUACAGCAAGUACUUCAAGAUGCUCCGUGUAGGAGUAGACAAGGGAGCGGUCAAGAGCACGAUGGUGCGGGAGGGCCACGACCCGAGCAUCCUGGAGCGGGACCCCUCGUCUGCGACGGACAUGGGAGCCUUCGCGGGAGUCGUGGUGAAGCUCAAGGACGACCCGCGGUACAGCAAGUACUUCAAGAUGCUCCGUGUAGGAGUAGACAAGGGAGCGGUCAAGAGCACGAUGGUGCGGGAGGGCCACGACCCGAGCAUCCUCGAGCGGGACCCCUCGUCUGCGACGGACAUGGGAGCCUUCGCGGGAGUCGUGGUGAAGCUCAAGGACGACCCGCGGUACAGCAAGUACUUCAAGAUGCUCCGUGCAGGAGUAGACAAGGGAGCGGUCAAGAGCACGAUGGUGCGGGAGGGCCACGACCCGAGCAUCCUGGAGCGGGACCCCUCGUCUGCGACGGACAUGGGAGCCUUCGCGGGAGUCGUGGUGAAGCUCAAGGACGACCCGCGGUACAGCAAGUACUUCAAGAUGCUCCGUGUAGGAGUAGACAAGGGAGCGGUCAAGAGCACGAUGGUGCGGGAGGGCCACGACCCGAGCAUCCUGGAGCGGGACCCCUCGUCUGCGACGGACAUGGGAGCCUUCGCGGGAGUCGUGGUGAAGCUCAAGGACGACCCGCGGUACAGCAAGUACUUCAAGAUGCUCCGUGUAGGAGUAGACAAGGGAGCGGUCCAGAGCACGAUGGUGCGGGAGGGUCAUGUCUUUUUGGACUUUUGAAAUAUGGUUUUGCGCUAAACCAGGCUGUAUCAUCGGCUGGUUCUCGCAAUUUCAAGCUUGUUUUUCGGCACCAUUUACAGCAUACCAGUGUGUAUGUGUGUUGACAAUUCGUUU